AUGGAACAGGUGCGGUCGUUUCCCCAGAACCCAAGUGUUCCACUCCGGCAACCAUCGGCGGAGGACUUGGAUGCUGCUCAGCAGUUAAUUUCAUCGGCGCAAGCGGGUCGCGAACAUUUGGCGGAUCAGUAUGGAGAAUCCCCCAUAAAAAUGUCUGAAACUCCCCCGCGUGAUGGGCCGGGAUCAACCUCGAGUUUAUCAGAUGGCCGAUUAGAACAUGAAAAGACGUCCCCACGGGGUCAGAAAGACACCUCUUUCCUAGGGCAUUCAUGCAGCAAUUGCGGAACAAAAAGUACACCUCUUUGGCGGCGCUCCCCAACCGGUGCGAUGAUUUGUAAUGCCUGUGGUCUUUACCUGAAAGCUCGCAAUGUCGCUCGUCCUACGAAACGAAAUCGCGCCCAACAAAAUCCCGAUGGCCUAGAAAAGCAUACUCCUCCUAUUCCCCACACGGAUUCACAUACAUCGGGUGGUUGUCAGGGGUCUUGCCCUGGUGGUGGAAGUUGUAAUGGUACCGGCGGUGCUGAAGGAUGUGAUGGAUGCCCAGCUUACAACAAUCGCAUCUAUAAAUCUGCACCACGAGCUGGCCCCCAUCCAUCUUGGGGUCGUACAUCCGCCCCUGACGCGGAGCCAACGCCUCCCCCGGCAGCAACGGCAGCAACGGCAGAAACGCCCAUUAAAAGUCCAUCACUUGAUAGCAAUGGAGCUUUGGUUGCUUGUCAAAAUUGCGGUACAACUGUGACUCCACUCUGGAGACGGGAUGAACAUGGUCAUCCCAUCUGUAACGCCUGUGGGCUCUAUUAUAAGCUGCAUGGAUGUUAUCGCCCCACGACUAUGAAAAAGUCCAUUAUUAAGCGUCGCAAGCGCGUCGUCCCAGCCCUCAGGGAUCAAUCUCCUACGGCAGCUACCCAAUCCUCCAAUGGCUCAUCAGCCUCACCCGAAGCAUCCCCCGCGGCCUUGUCACAUACACAAGAUGAACACUAUCGAUAUAUGAGUAAUGAACCCGAUCAUUAUCAUGGCCUGCCCGGAAAAGGUGCAUACGAUGAUGCACGACCAUUACCCUUCGCCCCGCCCCCAGUGGACUUCACUGGCUACCACGCAGCUCCCAUGCAUCCUCAAUUCCCCAAACUCCUUGAUCCCGAGCGCCUUGGACAUUCACCUGUUCAAUUCGGACGACGAUCCGCAUCUCCCAACUCCCUCGCUCUUCCCAAGAAGCGUACCCUAGCCGAGAGUACAGAGACACUUCCAGGUCCAGGCACACUCGAGGGAGGAUCAAAUCUAUUACCACCAAUCAUGUCUUCCGCCAAUCCCUCGCCCCCAGGUCGUCUGAGUUCGAUAUCCUCUAUUUUGAACCAGGCCGAGCGACGUGAUGAUUCCCGCAUGGAUCUUUCGCCCAUGGGCCACCCACAGCCUUACCAGGCUCCCAUGCAUGCGACUCAACACGAAUCGCAAGCUUUGCCUGGUAUUUCCUCAUUCGCGGACCAAUCGGUUGAACGACGUAUCCAGCUUGAGCGGGAAGCUGAGCAAAUGCGUGAGGCAUUGCGUGCGAAAGAGCGUGAGCUAGCUCAGAUAGGCCGAUAA